GUUUUCUUAAGGUUUUUGGAUGUUUAGCCUUUGCCACUGUUCAAAAUUCUACUGAUAAACUUUUGCCCCGAUCUGAGCCUUGUGUUUUUAUGGGUUAUCCUCCUAAUCAAAAAGGUUUUCUGCUUUAUAAUUUACAAAUGAAAUGCCUCAUGGUUAGUAGACAUGUCACCUUCUUUGAAAAUAAAUUUCCUCUUCAUGAUUCCAUUUCUAUUGACCAACAGGGGGUGACUAGACAUAUGACUAGACAUAAUAUAGAUUCCUUUAUUUUCGACAAUCCUGACUUUCCAAGGUCUAUUGAGUCUGAACCACACGGUCCAGAACCUGAACAUAUAGAUGAAGGUUUGGAUAAUGAUCAUCCUGGAAAUGAGACUAUAAUUGACGCUGAAGAAUUCAUGCAUAGAUCAGGAAGACCUGUUCGGGAUAGGAAAGCCCCAACAUGGUUAAAUGAUUAUAUAUGCAUGACUGACACAGCAAUGGAAGAGUCAGGUAAAACAAGGUGUAGAGCCAUGUAGCUUUCAAGA